AUGGACUAUAAGGUACUUGCCCAACAAACUGCUCAAGAGAUUUUAGGUUACAGUCAAGAUACAUCAGGCUGGAAAGUGGUUAAAUCUUCUAAAAAAAUAACUGUUUCUAGCAAGGCUUCUAAAAAAUUCCUUGGAAAUCUAUAUCGUGUUGAAGGAAUAAUUUCAGAAUCAACAUCUAAACUAGCUGAUUUCCUCUACAAGCCUGAAAUUAGAAUUACAUGGGAUAAAUCAUUGAAAGAGUACACUCUGAUACACAAGAUUGAUUCGGACACAUUCAUAUGCCAUGUUGUUACACAAAGUUUUGCCAUGGGCUCCAUUUCCUCCCGAGACUUUAUCAACAUGGUGUACUUCAAGCGCUAUGAUGGGAAUGUGAAUGUGAUCAGUUCUAUUAGUGUGGAUUUUCCAGGAUUUCCUCCAUCUUCACAUUACAUCCGUGGUUAUAACCAUGCUUCUGGCUUUGUCUGUUCACCUCUGAACGAUAAUCCAGCAAAAUCCAAACUAGUGAUGUUUGUCCAGACAGAAAUGAAGGGGAAAUUAUCCCCAUCAAUAAUUGAAGCAACUAUGCCUUCCAACUUAGUGACCCUCAUCCUCAAUGCAAAAGAUGGAAUAAAGACAUACAAAGGUCCGCCAGAACGUGGAUAUAAUCGUAAUAACCAGUCACUCCAUAAGAAGAAAUGA